GCUUGAGAGGUUUGUCCUUGACAUUUUGACCACUAUGUGGGGAGCUCGCCUGAAACGCGCGCCACAUCACGUACAGCGUAUGGCAACAAACCAAAUCAUGUCGGACCUUACAAAACAGCAGGAGGCCAGUGCCCCACCGGCAUAUGAGGCCGCCCCCAUUACAGUACAGCCAGGGCAACAGCCCGGAUUUACUCAGGCGGCUCAACCAGGGGGGUAUCCACCACCGGCCCAACCAGGGCCUUACCCCCAUCAUGCUCCACCACCAUCGAAUUUUCAUUCCUCCUCUUCAAACACCACCGUGGUACUCAAUGCUCCACAGCCAGUUGCCCAGCCUGUCAACAAAAAACGAACCUGGACCACGGAUAUUUUCGGAUGUUUCUCCGACAUGACGAAUUGCGCUGCUGUGACGCUGUGUCCCAAUCUUUACCUGUACUACCUGUCAAUGAAGCUGGGGGAGAACCUCCUCCUGCCCUGUGCCUUUGGUUGCAGCUAUCAGGUUCUGGUGCCUCUUAGAGUCAAAGUCCGAGCAGAAAACAACAUAAUGGGCAAUAUCUGUGAGGACUGCUGCAUGGUGUGUUGGUGUCCCUGUUGUGUCAUGUGUCAGUUACAGCGUGAGCACGAAUUCCUCAUGAAAAACAAUAACAACAGAGUCAUGUGACAUGCAUGAGUACCUGUUGACGUCGUAAAAGAACAGAAACUCUUUUUGUACAAUAUUUAUAUUAUUUGAUAUUGGUGAUACGGGUAAAUAUUUAUGUUUGUGUGUAUAUUUAUCCAAAGUAUUCUUGGUUUUUCUUUAUAUUAAUA